AUGGAUAGAAACCCUAUCCAUCCACCACUUCCUGCAAGGAAUGACUAUGAGAUCAAGCCUCAGAUCAUAGCAUUGGUUAGACAGAACCAAUUCAAUGGACUUCCAGCUGAGCACCCUCUUGAUCACAUAGAAAACUUUGAAGAAAUUUGCAGCACUACAAGAUCCAAUGGAGUCUCUGCUGACUACCUUAAGUGCAAGCUCUUUUCAUUCUCUCUUGGCGACAAAGCUUCAAGAUGGUUGAAGUCUCUGCCAGCUCACUCCAUCACCACUUGGGAUGAGUACAAGGCUGCAUUCAUCAACCACUUCUACACCAAGCAAAGAUCAAUUUCUGUAAGGAACAAGAUCUCCAACUUUCGCCAAGCCAACAAUGAAUCUUUCUAUGAGGCGCUAGAUCGAUUCAAGGAGUACAUUAGGGACUGCCCUAAUCAUGGUUUCAAUGAGGGAAACCUAUGGAACAUCUUCUAUCGUGGCAUAGACCACAAGUACAAGCUUUCAUUGGACACUGCAAGCAAUGGAAACUUCAUGACCAAGACUGUUGAUGAAGCUAAGGUUCUUAUUGAGAAUCUUGCAGCUAGUGAUUGUAACAACUGUCCUGAUUAUGACCGCUCAAGCCGCACCACUACUAGCUCCCCUGAUUCUUUUCAAAUGACUGAACUCAAGAACAUGAUGGCUCAAGUUCUUAAGGGACAGCUCAAGCAUAUCAAUGCAAUAGAAGGGAUGAGUGAUGCUAAUGAAGACCCAUCAAGAGAAUGCAUGGGAGAUUUCUCUAAUGAAGCCAAUGAAGAAGAUGUGAACUACAUUGGAAACUAUGGGAACAAGGGAUACAAUCCAAGCUAUCGCCCAAACCCCAACAUGUCUUAUAGAAACCCCAAUGUGGAGAAUCCUCAAGACCAAGUGUAUCCUCCAAGGUAUCCACAACAACAAAGACCUCCUUACCAAUCUCAAGGAAGUCAAUUUCAGCCAAGGCAAGGAUAUGAGCAGAGAUCAUCAUAUCCGCCCAAGGAGCCAUAUGCUUCUUCACCAAAUCAAGCUCCUCCAAACCAACAAGGUGGGAGAUUUGAAGGAAUCCUCCAACAGAUCAUGGAUGGCCAGAAGAGAAACACUAAAGAGAUGUAUGAGAAGAUGGACACUUUGUUCAGCAAUCUCAACACCAAGUAUGAUGCUGUUGCCACUCAUGUGAAGAAACUAGAGACUCAAGUCACUCAAACUAUGGAAGCUGUUAAGAGACAGGAAGCUGAAUCCAAGAAGUCCUUUUGCAACUCAGCCGCCAUAGAAGAAAGAUUUGAAGACCAAGUUCCAGAAUGGAUGCUUUCAAAACCUACUGUUGAUUGCAUGAUUUGGCCUGAAGAGAAUUACCCAGAGAGAGAGUCCAAUCGAGCUAGAAAGAGAAGACUCUUCCCAAAGAUUAUCCCCAAGACAGAUAACUCAGGAAAGUUUGCUGUGCCUUGUAUCAUCAAAGGUAACAUUCUUGAGCAAUCUUUGUGUGACACAGGAGCCAAUGUGAACAUCAUGUCUAAGAGGAUAGCUGACAAGAUAGGCCUCACCAAGAUAGAGCCAUCAUCCAUCUCCAUCAACUAUGCUGAUUCAUUCUCACAAACACCCUAUGGCUUUGUGCCUAAUGUGAUGGUGCAGAUUGGAAAUUGCUCUAUCCCUACUGAUUUCCAGAUUGUGGAAAUGAGAGAGAGUAGCAUAGACCUCUCAUAUUUGGAACCCCUUUCCUGUCUACUGUGGGUGCCAUAUUUGAUUUCCCCAAUCAAAGAAUCUCUUUCAACAAGGUGA